CACCCACAAACCUCUCAUUUGUAGGAGGGAAGAGAAGGGAAAAGAAAAAUGGCAGCGUCCCUUCAUGUAGCGGCUACGCUGAGGCAGCCGACUAAGGCCGGCUUGCCAGCUAAGACAGGCCUGCAGCUGAAAUCUUCUCCGAGCGUUUGCAAGGCUUUUGGAUACGACCCAGCUGGGGCCAGACUCACUUGCUCCCUCCAAACUCAUGUCAAGGAUUUGGCUCAAAAGUGCGCCGAUGCCGCCAAGAUUGCCGGCUUCGCUCUCGCCACCUCCGCCUUCCUUGUCUCGGGAGCAGGUGCUGAGGGAGUUCCGAAGCGGCUAACAUAUGACGAAAUCCAAAGCAAGACAUACAUGGAAGUGAAAGGAACCGGAACUGCAAACCAGUGCCCCACCAUCGAUGGAGGCGUGGAUUCCUUUGCCUUCAAAACAGGCAGUUACAACAUGAAGAAGUUCUGCUUAGAGCCCACUUCAUUCACUGUAAAAGCCGAAGGCGUCAGCAAGAACGCCCCAGCUGAGUUCCAAAACACCAAGCUAAUGACUCGCUUGACCUACACCCUCGACGAGAUCGAAGGUCCCUUCGAGGUGUCCUCUGACGGAACCGUCAAAUUCAUUGAGAAAGACGGCAUCGACUACGCCGCCGUCACUGUCCAGCUUCCCGGUGGCGAGCGUGUCCCAUUUCUAUUCACCAUCAAACAGUUAGUGGCAUCGGGUAAGCCGGAGAAUUUUGGUGGAGAAUUCUUGGUCCCCUCGUAUCGGGGCUCAUCUUUCUUGGACCCAAAGGGCAGAGGUGGGUCGACCGGUUAUGACAAUGCCGUGGCCUUGCCGGCCGGAGGAAGAGGAGACGAGGAGGAGCUAAAAAAGGAGAAUAUAAAGGACGCAUCAUCUUCCACCGGGAAGAUCACAUUAAGCAUAACCAAAAGCAAACCGGAGAGUGGAGAAGUGAUUGGAGUGUUUGAGAGUAUACAGCCUUCUGAUACUGAUUUGGGGGCUAAGGUUCCCAAGGAUGUGAAAAUCCAAGGGGUCUGGUACGCCCAGCUUGAGUAGAAGGAAUUUGAAGUGUAUAGAUUGCACACUGCUUUGCCCUCCCCUUUGAAAUUGACUCAUCCUGCUUCCUAUCUCUGCCAUACUCCACAUAGUUGAAUUGUUAAAUGUUCGUUACUCUUACACGCCAAUGCAUCUCUGGGCAAACCUCCAUUUUGAAGGCUAUAAUUGUUGUUCGGAAAUCAGGUUUUGCUAAAUGGUUCUAUUACAUCCAUUGCUUAGUUAAUUUCUAUUUAAGCCUUCAUACUGAGAGGCAACAAUGGAAAUCUUUUAGUUGGAUUAUCACA